AGAAUUUCAUUCUUGCUCCAGCUCUUAAAUAGACCGGAUCAGUAUUAAUAUUCUACUUUAAAAUGAUUGCCGAAUACAUGCGGCAUGGCAAUACCAUCGAGAAUCGCGAGAAGAGAUCGUUUACUGGCGCUGCCGUCAACCUGAGAAAACUAUUGAAGUCAGUGAAACGUAUUUUCGCAACUUCGAGGACAGCAUUACCGUCGGAGGAGCACUUCUCUGAAUCGACUGCGAGUAGUAUUCUUACAGAGGAAGAGCUUCAGAAUUGGCUGAACGAGCAAAUCGAAUCAAAAUAGGGUCUACUUCUUUCAUGGAGCUCUAAUCGAUAUCCUUAUAUGUGAUGGGACUUGUGUUCCGACAGGAUUCCAAUCUCGGCAAAUGGCUUUAAAUUCUUUCUGUGAUAACUCAUAAUUUAGAAUAUUAACAAAAUCGGGAGUCAACAUAAAAUUAAAAAGCCUAAACAAAGUACAAAAAAUAAUUACAAUAGUAUCAACAACCCGAUGAGGGUAUUUUACUUGCCAGUCCAGCCAGCUAUGCCCACGUUUCACAGCCAAAUAUAGUCAGAUAUAUUACUGAGACUAUGAAAAAAAGUGUUAGAAAGAAAACUUAAA